UAUUUGAAACGUGGAUCAAGCUUUACAUUGCGUUUCAGAAUAGCACUGUCACAUACCGGUUACCGAAUAUCGAAUGCAGCCUCAGUGAUGCGAAUAAUUUGCCUUUCUCGUCUCACUGAGGAGCCCUUCAGCCUGCAGCUACAUCUCCGCGCGCCGCGGUACGGCGACACACCAGGUUUAUAGGGCGCGAGUGAAGAGCGAGAGCCGCGCGGCCCUCGCCUCGCGUGCACCCGCUCCCCUCCCGCGCUCACUGCCGCGCCGAACUCGCCAGUCAGCCGCCGGCAGCGCUACGAGAAGUCUGUUAGAGUAGUGCAGUGCCGAUCUUUUUCUUAAACAUUCGCGCAAUACCGGUCGUGUCGUGAGUGAUCACAAAACUUCCUGAGUGAAACUAAGUGCAAAUAAAAAUAAAGUGCUUAUGUUUUUGUUUCUGAGCUGUAAAAUAUACAUCAUAAACUUAUAAUAUUAAGUGCAUUGUUAAAAGCCGGUUCACCUCGUGGCGGCCGGUUCCAAGUGUGACGGUGUUCGUGUGCCUUCGACUCAGUGCUUUCUAAACGAACGACCAGCGCAGCGGCACACAGGGAUAACGGUGCAUCAGUACGAUCCCUAAUUUAUCUUUUGCAGAUUCAGCCGCACAGAGAGGCGAUGAUCGACCCAGAGCUGAGUGGACGCAGGUGACGGUGGUCUUCGCGCCCUCCGAGACAAACUCGCUCUUUACAUGAGAAGACUGCAAUGUCAGAUGUGGCGCUCGCAUGGCUGGUGGUGGCGGCGGCAGUCUCAUGGUGCGCGGGCGCCGGCCCCCCCGCCUUCCGCUUCCACCAUGCGCUCUACAACCUGACCGUGCCCGAAAACAGUCCGCCUCGCACGUACGCCGCGCCGCCGCCCGCCGCCGCGCCGCUCGGGGUGCGUCUGCCCGACCCGCACGCGCGCGUCCGGUUUCGCAUCAGACACGGAGAUCGAGACAAAUUCUUCAAGGCCGAAGAGCGCACCGUCGGUGACUUCUGCUUCCUGUCGAUUAGGACGCGCACCGGACAAACCGACGUGCUCAACCGCGAGCGCCGCGACUCUUAUCAGCUGGACGUGCGCGCCACCGCGCUGCUCCCCGGCGGCCGCCAACUCGAGGCAGACACCAUCGUCUUGAUCCAGAUAUCGGAUGAAAACGACCUUAGUCCGCUGUUCUACCCGACGGAAUACGAAGCAUCAGUGCCCGAGGACGCUCCGCCUCAUUCUAGUGUAAUCCGAGUGUCUGCGGAGGAUGCCGACCUCGGCCUCAAUGGAGAAAUCUACUACAGCCUGGCCGACUCGAUCGAACGAUUCGCAAUACACCUCACCACCGGCGUGAUAACUAUAACAAGACCUUUAUCUGCAGCUGAAAAAUCUAAGUACGAGUUGACGGUUCUGGCGAGGGACCGCGCGUCUUUGCUCGCGCACGGAGAGGAAGCACCCGCGGCCCGAGCCUCGGUAACGGUGCGCGUCAGACGCGUCAACCUGCACGCUCCAGAGCUUCGGGUUCGGAGACUGCCAGAGAUAGUGGAAAAUUCGACAACAGAAAUAUAUGCUAUAGUGGAAGUGAGCGAUCGCGACGUAGGCGUGAACGGCCGCAUCGCCGGUCUGGACAUAGUGGACGGCGACCCAGACGGACACUUCCGAGUGCGUCCGUCCAGCCAGCCAGGCGAGUUCGACGUCGUAGUGCAUUCAUUACUCGAUCGCGAAACUGCACCCCUCGGAUAUAACUUAACCUUGCGAGCGAUGGAUGCGGGCGUGCCGCCGAGAGCCUCGUACGUGACCGUGCCCGUGACGCUCAUAGACGCUAACGACAACGCGCCGGUGUUCAGCCGAGAAGUGUACGAGGCGACCGUGUCUGAGACGGCACCACCCAACACGCCCGUCAUCCGCCUCAAGGUCACCGACAGGGACGAGGGCCGGAACGCCCGCGUCUACAUCGAGGUGGUCGGAGGGAACGAGGGCGGAGAAUUCCGCGUCAACCCGGAGACUGGCGUGCUCUACACUGCGGUGCCUCUCGACGCCGAGGAGAAAGCCUUCUAUACCCUCACCGUCUCGGCAAUCGAUCAGGGAAACGCGGGCACGAGAAAACAAUCAUCCGCUAAAAUCAAAAUAUCCGUUGCCGACGCUAACGACAACGAUCCAGUCUUUGAACAAAAGGAGAUGUCUGUGAAAGUCCCGGAGAACGGACAAAGCGGCGGCGUGGUGGCGCGCGUCGCGGCGCGGGACGCGGACUCGGGGGAUAACGCCUACGUCUCGUACAGCAUCGCCAACAUACAACCCGUCCCGUUCGACGUGGACCACUUCUCCGGUGCGGUGCGGACCACGCGACUGCUGGACUACGAGAGCAUGCGACGCGAGUACGUGCUGCGAAUACGAGCCAGUGACUGGGGCCUCCCGUACCGACGCCAGGCCGAAAUGAGACUCGUCGUGCAACUCAACGACGUCAACGACAACAGACCGCAGUUUGAGAGGGUGGACUGCGUGGGCUACGUCCCGCGCCGCGUCGCCAUCGGCUCGGAAAUAGUGACGCUCUCGGCUAUUGACUUUGAUGAUGGCGACGUGGUUUCUUAUCGAAUCGUCGGCGGCAAUGAUGAUAAUUGCUUCUCGUUGGAUUCGAGCACGGGCGUCGUGAGUCUCGCCUGCGAUCUGAACGACAUCCGAGCCGACUCCCGCGUGCUGAACGUGAGCGCGACAGACGGGACACACUUCGCCGAUGCAACGUCGUUGGUUUUACACCUAGUGUCGGGAGGCGGCGAGAGCGGGGCCCUCGAGUGUCGCGACACCGGCGUAGCGCGUCGCCUCACCGAACUGCUGGCGGCCGCUGAACGCAGUAAUGCACCGCUGGAUUUUGCAGAUGAAUUUCCCUUAGCACCGUCUCGUUAUGGUGAAAAUUUACAUUCCCCCGAAUUCGUCAAUUUCCCCAUUCAAGUCAAAGUAAACGAAUCUGUUGCAUUAGGAACAUCGUUAGUGCGGCUGCAAGCUCGCGACCACGACCUCGGCUACAAUGGACUCAUCACGUACGGUAUAUCCGGCGGAGACGCCGAUUCGGCGUUCAGAAUCGACCCUGAAAACGGUGAUCUGCAAGUGAUCGGUUACCUGGACCGGGAACGCGAAAGCGAGUAUUAUUUGAAUGUGACAGCAUACGAUCUCGGGCGACCGCAGCGCUCCACGUCACGCAUGCUGCCCGUCAUCGUCCUCGAUGUGAACGACAAUCGCCCGCGGCUCCAGAAAACUUUGGCGAGCUUCCGAGUGACGGAGAACGCUUUGAACGGAACCGAAGUCUUCCGAGCGAACGCCACCGACCGCGACGCCGGCGAGUUCGGGAGAGUGACGUACAGCCUGAGCGGCGCCACCGAGGGGGAGUUCUGCAUCGAGCGCGAGAGCGGCGCGCUGACAGUGUGCGCGCCGCUGGACCGCGAGCGCCGCGCGCUGUACGAGCUCACGGUGCGCGCGGCCGACGGCGGCGGGCUGCACGCGGAGGCGCUCGUGCGGGUCGCGGUGGACGACGUCAACGACAACGCGCCGCGCUUCGGGCUCGGCUCGUACGCAGCCAGGGUGCGGGAGGACGUGCCCGCGGGGACGCUGGUGGCCGUGCUCGAUGCCUUCGACCCGGACACCGCCGCGGGCGGACAGAUCACUUACUCCCUCUCUGACCAAGAAGAAGAAGCCGUGUUCACGAUCGAUCCCGUCUCGGGAACGUUGCGCACCGCGCGCUCGCUCGACUUCGAACAACGACAGGUGUACGGCGUGACGGUGCGGGCCACGGACGGCGGGCGGCCGGCGCUGUGGAGCGAGGCCACGGUCAUCGUCGAGGUGAUCGACGUGGACGAAAACACGCAUGCGCCGGCGUGGGACGCGCACGACGUGCUGGCGGGCUCCGUGCGCGAGGACGCGCCGCGGGGGACGCGCGUGCUGGCGGCGCCGGCCGCGGACGCCGACCCGCCAGGGAGGGACUCCCGGCUCGCCUACUACAUAGUGGCCGGCUCCGGGAUGGCGCACUUCUCCGUCGAUGACGCUGGUAUCAUCAGAACGUUGACGCCCCUUGAUAGAGAAUCCGUGCCUCACUAUUGGCUGACGUUGUGCGCACAAGAUCACGGACUCAUACCUAAACAUUCGUGCAUUCAGGUGUACAUAGAAGUGGAAGACGUGAACGACAUGGUCCCGUGGCCGGCGCGCGCGCGGUACGAGGCCGCGGUCCCCGAGCACUGCGCCGCGGGGACCAGCGUCACGCGCGUCACGGCGCUCGACGCGGACGACGCGCCGCACUCCAACCGCACGGCCGUCACGUACUCCAUCGUCGCAGGAAACCCCGACGGACUGUUCUCGAUCGACGAGCGAACAGGUGAGAUCGUGACGACGGGACGAAGCCUGGACCGAGAGUCGGCAGCAACCCACGCGCUAGAGGUGCAGUGCUCGGACGGAGAGCUCAGCAGCACCACGCGGGUGCACGUGCGCCUCCUCGACCUCAACGACCACAGCCCCGUCUUCACUCAGCGCCUGUACGACGUGCAUGUGCCGGUGCCGCCCCGACCUGACCUCCUCGCGCAGAGUGACGCUGCCGAAGGGACGACCGACGAGAGCGCCGAGUGGGACACCGACGAAGACGAGGAAGCCGAGGGCGCGCGGUCCAACUGGGAGCAGUGGCCGGACCCGCCCGCCGACGGCGUGCACGUGGCCACGGUGAUGGCGUUCGAUCCGGACGAGGGCGCGAACGGCACGGUGCGGUACUGGAGCCGGGCCCGCGGCGCCGCGCGCGGCCUGCUGCGCGUCUGCGCACGCACCGGCCGCCUGCUCGCCGCGCCGCGCCUGCCGCUCGCGCCCGCACACGCGCACGACGUCACGGUGCGCGCUUGCGACGGGGGCGCGCGGCCGCGAUGUGCAGUGGCCCGGGUGAGCGUGCGCGGUGUUGCGGCACGGGAAGGGGGCGACCCCCCGCGUCUGUCCCCCACCCCUCCUCUGCAAGUGGCCGAGCUCGACGCGCCCGGCUUCCUGCUCGCCGUCCUUCAGGCGACCGAUCCGGACUCCGAUCCUCUGUACUAUGCUAUCGUAGAAGGCGACCCCCGCAACGAAUUCUUCAUCGGGCGCGAGGACGGCACGCUGGUGCUGGCGCGCCGGCUGCUCUGGGAGCGACAGGCGUUUUAUUCCCUGAACGUGUCCGUCACCGACGGAACCCACGUCGUGUACUCUUUGGUCAACAUAACCGUCAUCAACGAUGCGAACGAAGACGGCGUGUCGUUCUCGCGUGAAGAGUACGUGGUGGAGACGUCGGAGGGCGCGCGCGUGGGCGAGGCGCUGGUGGUGGUGGGCGCGGCGGUGGGGCGCGGGGCGGCGGGGGGCGCGGCGCGGCUGCUGUACGGGCUGCACGCCGCGCGCGCCCCCGCCUCGCUGCUGCUGUUCCGCCUCAACGAGCUCACCGGCGUGCUCGAACUCGCUCAGCCGCUCGACAGGGAGAGCGCAAGCGUCCACGAGCUCACCGUGUGGGCCCGCGACCAGGCGCCGCGCGCGUCUGUCGCCUUCGCGCGCGUGCGCAUCCACGUGCACGACGCGGACGAGCACGCGCCCGUGUGGGGCCGGCGGCUGGCGGAGGCGCGGGUGGCGCGCACCACGGCGCCCGGCACGCUGGUGGCGGCGCUGCGGGCCGCCGACGCCGACGCGGGUGACGCGGCGCGCAUCGUCUACUCGCUCGUGGGCGGAGACGCCGCCGGACUGUUCGAGGUGGACGCGACGCUGGGCGACGUGACGCUGAGUCGCGCGCUGCCCGCCCGCGGCCCGCGCGACUACACGCUCAACGUGCGCGCGUCCAACCCGCCGCCCUCCACGCGCUUCUCGACGCUACCGCUCCACGUCACCGUGGUGGACCCGGACGACGCCCCGCCGCGGUUCGUUUUGGAAGAAAUAUCUUGUGAAGUAUACGAGAACGAGCCGGCGGGCGGCACGCUGGUGGCCGCGGAGGCUCGCAGCGGCACGGCGCUCUGGUACACGCUGGAGGGCGGCGCCGGCCUGUUCCGCAUCAACCCCGCCGCCGGCCUCAUCGCCGCCGUGGCACCCCUGGACUACGAGGCCGCCGCGCUGUACAACCUGACCGUGACCGCGCUCAGCAUGGGCGGGGGCUCGGCGAGCGCGCGCGUGACGGUGCACGUGCUGGACCGCAACGAGUUCCCGCCGCGGCUGCUGCGGCGCGAGUACCGCGGGCGCGCGUCGGAGGCGGCGGCGGCGGGCGCGCUGGUGGCGGACGGCGAGGGCGCGCCGCUGGUGCUGCUCACGGAGGACGCGGACUCCGCCGCCAACCGACAGCGCUCCUUCGAGAUCGUGGAGCCGGCGGCCGCCGCGCUGUUCCGCGUGGACCCCACCACGGGCGCGCUGCGCCUGGCCGCCGCGCUCGACUACGAGACGGCAGCCGUCCACACCUUCACCGUCAAGGUGCUGGACGCGGGCGAGCCCCGGCUGCCGUCCGACAGCACGGCGACGGUCACCGUCGACGUGAUCGACGUCAACGACUGCCCACCCGAGUUCACCGAGUCCACGUACUCGACGACGGUCCUCCUGCCCACCUCGAGCGGCGUCACGGUGCUGGCGCUGCAGGCGCACGACCGCGACCUGCCGCCCGGCGCCGCGCUGCACUACGACAUCAUCGAGGGCGACGCGGCCGGCGCCUUCGCGCUGUCCGAGUCGGGCGUGCUGUCCGUGUCCCGGCCGGACGCGCUGUCCGACUCGCACCGGCUGCGCGUGCGCGUGUCGGACGGCCGGUACGCGGCCACGGCGCGCGUAGACGUACAGAUCCGAGAGGCCGACAACUCCGGUCUCGCCUUUCAAAAAUCCGAUUACUACGGCACAGUCGUCGAGAACUCGACGAAGCCGGCGAACGUCGCCGUGCUCAACGUGCUCGGCGCGGCGCUCAACGAACACGUGCAGUUCGUCAUCCUCAACCCCGUCGACGGCUUCGAAGUGGGCCGCACGUCGGGCGCCGUGCGCAGCGGCGGCGUGGCGCUGGACCGCGAGCUGCGCGACGCCUACACGCUGCUGGUGGAGGCGCGCAGCGGGGGCGCGGGGGGCGCGGGGGGAGAGCGCCGCGUGGCCCGCGCGCGGCUCCACGUCACCGUCACCGACGUCAACGACAACUGCCCGGUGUUCGUGGAGCGGCCGUACUUCGCGGCGGUGGCGGCGGGCGCGGCGGCGGGCGAGCCCGUGCUGCGCGUGCGCGCGCUCGACCUGGACGCCAACGACAACGGCGAGGUCCGCUACGAGAUGAAGCGCGGGCACGGCGAGCUGUUCCGCGUGGACCGGCGCUCCGGACAGAUCUCGCUGAAGCAGACCGUGGACGCGCACAGCCACCUCUACACGCUCGUCAUCGCGGCCUUCGACGGCGGCGUGCCGGCGUGCGGCGCGGAGGCGGAGGUGCGCGUGCGCGUGUGGGCCGGCGGCGCCGCCCCCGCGUGGGACCGCGCCCACUACACCGUGACGUCACGCGAGGACGCGCCGCCCGCCACCCCCCUCGCCCCCGCGCUGCGAGCCCGCUCCCCGCUGCACCGACAGCUCAUCUACACGCUGCGAGACGACGACCGCGGGCUCUUCGAGAUCCACUUCGACACCGCCACCGACGGAGGCAAUAACCCAUGUGCGGUGUCGAGCCGCGCGGCGCUGGACUACGAGGCGGCGACGUCGCACGCGCUGGUGGUGCGCGCCACGGACGGCGUGACGGGCGCGUACGCGGACGCCGCGCUCACCGUGCUGGUGCUGGACGUCAACGACUGCGCGCCGCAGUUCGCGAGCGACGUGUACCGCGCCGCCGUGUCGGAGGCCGCGGCGCCGGGCGACCCGGUGCUGACCGUGCGCGCCGCCGACAACGAUACAGGAGUGAAUGGCGAAAUCUGGUACUCUUUGAGCGAAGCGGACGACGGUUCGAGUUCGGGCUCGUUCACGGUGGAGGCGGCGAGCGGGGAGGUGCGCGUGUCGGCGGCGCUGGACCGCGAGGCGCGCGCGGCGCACCACCUGCUGGUCACCGCCAGCGACCGCGGCCGCCCCGCGCUGCUCACCACGGCGCAUCUCUUCAUCACGGUGGAGGACGUGAACGACAACCCGCCCCGGACGGAGCGCGGCGUGGUGGCGGCCGCCGUGUCGGUGGAGGCGGCCCGGGGCACGGCGCUGGCGCGGGUGGCCGCCUGGGACGCCGACGCGCGCGACGCCGGCCGCCUGCGGUACGCGCUCGAGGGCGGCUCGCAGCGCGCCUUCUCCCUGCACGAGCGCACCGGCGUGCUGCGCGUGGCGGCGCCGGCCGCGCUGUCCGCCGCGCCGCGCUCGCUCAACGUGUCCGUGUCGGACGGCGCGCACGCCACCUUCGCGCGCAUCAAGCUGUCCCUGGCGCCCGCCAACCGCGCCGCGCCGCGCUUCCCGCACCUCGUGCACGAGGCCAGGGCGCUCGAGAACCAGCCGCCGCCCCUCCUCAUUACGACGGUUAAAGCGUACGACGACGACGACGGCGAGUACGGCACGGUAACAUACUCAAUACCUUCAGCGAAACUGCGCGAAACGUUCGCCAUAGACGGCGCGAGCGGCGCCCUGACGACUCGCGUGACGCUGGACCGCGAGCGCCGCGCCGAGUGGGAGGUGCCCGUGACGGCGCGCGACGGCGGCGGCCUGCUGCAGCACACCGUGGUGCGCGUGCGCGUCGCCGACCUUAACGACAACGCGCCGGUGUUCCCGCUGCGCGAGUACCGCGCGGCGGCUCGACACGACGCGCCGCCCGGCGCCCCGCUGCUCACGUUGUCGGCGACCGACGCUGACGCGGCCGACAACGCGCGCAUCACGUACUCGCUCUACGAAGGGGACGCGCGAUCCGACGCGGCAGGAUUGUUCGCUGUCGAUCCUCUCACUGGCACUCUCUCGUUCGCUAGUGAUGCGACAGCUUUCGGGUCGCGCGCAAUACAAGUGUGGGUGCGGGCGCGGGACGGCGGCGGGCUGGCGGCCGAGGCGCCCGUGUCCGUGUUCGUGCUGGGCGCCGGGGAGGCUGCCCCCCGCCUCGCGCCGCCUCCUGCCGACCUCUUCUUGCGGGAGGACGCUGCGGCCGGCACGCUGGUGGCCGAGCUGCGCGUGCUGGAGGGGGGCGCGGGCCCGGCCCCCCGCCUGCGCCUGGCCGCGGGGCCGGCGCGGGACCUGUUCGCCGUGGACUCUAGCGGCCGACUCGUGCUCGCCGGCUCGCUCGACCGCGAGACCGCCGCCGACCAUGUCAUAGGAGUAAUAGCGGAGGGCGCGGGCAGCCCUGCGCCGGCCACCAUGGUGCUGACGCGCCUCCACGUGCUCGACGUCAACGAGCACGCGCCCGCCUUCCACUCGCAGCCCUACGUCGUGCACGUCGCAGAGAACGCGCCGCCACACACCAGCCUCGUGCAGCUGAUGGCGGACGACGAGGACGCCGGCUCCAACGGCGAGGUGCGGUUCUCGUUGGCGGAGGACGGCACGGGAAGCUCGCUGUUUGCGGUGGAGCAGCACAGCGGGUGGGUGACCACGCUGGCGCCGCUGGACCGCGAGGACCGCGCCGAGCACCGCGUGCCACUGCUCGCCACCGACGGCGCCACGCCGCCGCGCGUGUCUCGUUCCACACUCAUCGUGAGGCUCGUCGACUACAACGACUGUCCGCCCGUCUUCAAACAGGAGAUAUAUCACGCGCAGGUGCGCGAGGACGCGGCGGCGGGCACGGUGGCGGCGCGUCUGGAGGUGCGGGACGAGGACGCGGCGGGCGCUCCGCUCGCGUACUUCGUGUCGGAGGGCGACGAGCACGCACGGUUCCAGCUGCGAGCCUCCGGAGAACUGUUCGUAGCUCGGCCCUUGGACCGGGAGCUGCAGGCGCUGUACCGACUCACGGUGGCCGCUACGGACGGCAAGUUUACGGCCUACACGGAAGUGCACGUGACGGUGGUCGACGUGAACGACAACCCGCCGUACUGCGUCCGCCACCGGUACUACGCGCACCUGUCGGAGGACGCGCCGCUCGGCACGCGCGUCAUGACGCUGGAGACGCGAGACGCGGACGAGCCGGACAACGCGCGCUUGCGGUACUACCUCACCGGCGACCACGCGCAUCACUUCACAAUCGACAAGGAGGCGGGCGAGGUGUCGGUGGCGGCGGCGCUGGACCGCGAGGCCGUGGCGGAGUACCGGCUGCGUGCGCAUGCGCAGGACCGCGCGCGCCCGCAGUGGGAGUGCAGCUCCGAGCUGCUGGUGGCGCUGCGCGACGUCAACGACAACCCGCCGCGCUUCUCCGCGGCCCUCUACAGCGUCACGCUGCCCGAGGACGCCGACCUCGGCACUCUCGUGGCGAAGGUCCACGCUACUGAUGCAGAUCUCGGCGAAAACCGACUCAUUCGAUAUUCGUUCGCGAACGAAGGAAACGAAGGCUUCGAGCUCGACGGAGACAACGGCAUCAUCACCCUGCGCGGGCCCCUGGACCGCGAGACGCGCGCCGAGCACCGCCUGCUGCUGGUGGCGCGCGACGGCGGCCGGCCCCCGCUGUCCGCCACCGCCACGCUGCGCCUCACCGUCGCCGACGUCAACGACAACCCGCCCGAGUUCGAGUUCCACCAGUACCGCGCCACCGCGCCCGAGAUCGACGCGCCGGGCACCGAGCUGCUGCGCGUGCGAGCCACCUCCCGCGACGCCGGGGUCAACGCCGACGUGUACUACUCGCUGGUCGCCGGGGACGACCGGGAAGACUUCGCCGUCGACCGCGCUUCCGGCGUGCUCACCAUCGCUCGCCCCCUCGACUACGAACGGAGGAAGGAGUACCUGCUGACGGUGCAGGCCAUCGACGGAGGGUCCCCGCCUCUCAGUGACCUGACGACGGUCAACAUCACCGUGACGGACAGCAACGACAACUCGCCGAUGUUCGCCCAGAGCUCGUACGCGGCGCGCGUCCGCGAGGACUCCGCCCCGGGCGCUCGAGUCGUGCAAGUGAUCGCCGACGACGCCGACUCGGGCAGCAACGGGCGCGUCACGUACUCCAUAGCGCGCGGGGACCGGGACGGACGGUUCUCCAUAGACGCGGACACCGGGUACGUGUCGGUGGCGGCGUCGCUGGACCGAGAACUCACCCCGGCCUACGCGCUGGAGGUGCGAGCCAAAGAUCGCGGGGUGCCGGUCCUCGAGGCGAGCGCGACCGUCAACAUCGAGGUGAUCGACGCCAACGACAACCCGCCUCUGUUCGCGCAGUCCAACUACACGGCGGUCGUGCAGGAGGACCGCCCGCUCGGACACACCAUCCUCAAGUUCACAGUGGAAGACGCGGACGCAGCGCCGAAUGCGGCUCCUUUCACCUUCGAUUUUCAGUCGGGCAACGAAAUGGGCGCGUUUCGGCUCGAACAAGACGGAUACCUUCGGUCGGCGACCCGUUUCAACCAUCGCAUCAAAGACCAUUACGCCCUGCAAGUGCGAGUGUUCGACAACGGCACUCCGCCGCUGUACUCCGACGCCUGGGUUUACAUUAAAGUGAUAGAAGAGUCGCAGUAUCCGCCGGUCGUGACACCGUUAGAGAUCUUCAUAAACUCGUACCUAGAUGAGUUUCCCGGCGGAGUGAUCGGGCGCGUGUUCGCCUCGGACCGCGACGCUUACGACACGCUGACGUACAGCAUGGCGGCGGCGGACGGCGCGCCCUACCCGCCCGCGGACCUGUUCGAGCUCGGCGCCGCGGACGGCACGCUGCGGGCGGCGCCCCGGCUCGACGUCGGCGAGUACCGACUCAACGUCACCGUCGGCGACGGCAAGUUCAUCAGCUACGCGAUGGUGCGAGUCACAGUCAUUCUUAUUUCCGACGAGAUGCUCUCGCGUUCCGUGGUCGUCCGCUUCCGCGAAGUGACCGACCGCGACUUCGUCCUGAGUCAUCGGAAAGGAUUCGUUCGAGCCGUCGCCGAGGCGACCGACCGCGGACCGCUCGACGUCAUCAUAGUGAGCGUGCAGCCUUCGGGCGGCGACGACGAGGACGUCUUCGGGAAAAGGACCAAACGUCAGGUCGCUCAGGACCUCGACGUGGCCUUCGCGGUCCGGUCUGGAGGAUCUUACAUGGCGGCGGACGCGCUGCGACGCCGACUGCACGCGCACCUGGAGCGCAUCGAGGAGUGCGCGCGACUCGUCGUGGAGGAGCUGGUGCGGGUGUCGUGCGCCGGCGGCUGCGCCCACGGGACCUGCGCGGAGCGAGUGAAGCUGCGCGACGAUGAGGCCAGGGUCGUCGCCACGGACGUCGUCGCGAUGGUGGUGUUCCCUCACCAGCUUCGAGGUGAAUGCGCCUGCGAGAUCGGGUACGGCGGGGAGCGGUGCGACGCGGCGGCCGGGGAGUGCGGCGAGUGCCGGGCGCCCAGCGUGGCGCAGUUCUCGGGCGACGGGUACCUCGCCUACCGCGUGGAGCGCGGCGCCGUGGAGGGCGCGCGGCUGCCGGACGACGAGCUGGCCGUGUCGCUGCGGUUCCGCACGCGGCGCGAGCGCGGCACGCUGCUGGCGGCGGCGGGGCGCGUGGACGCGGCCGCGCUGGAGGUGGCGGAGGGCUACCUGCAGUUCCGCAUGGAGCUGGGCUCGGGGCCGGCCAUGGUGCGCGCGGCGGUGCCGGUGGCGGACGGCGCGUGGCACGAGGCGCGGCUGGAGCGGCGCGGCGCCAGCAUGCGGCUCACGGUGGACCGGCGCAGCGCGCACGCGCAGACGCCGCCGCCCGCCGCCGUGCUGGACGUGCGCGCCGACCGCGUGCUGGUGGGCGCCGCGCUGCUGCGGCACGCGCACGCCUUCGCGCAGGAGCAGGUGACGUACGGAUUCGAAGGCUGCAUCGCAGAUUUGAAACUGGGCAACGCCAUUCUGCCACUAGAGGAGGGCGGCACGUCCAACGACGGAAGGGCACAGCUCGCCAGGAGAGUAAGGGUCCGCAUCGGCAGCGAGUGCGGCCCCCUGGCGCCCCCCACGCCCUGCUCCUCCUACCCGUGCCUCAACGGGGGCUCGUGUCGGGACGCCGCGGCACUGCUCGAGGGCGAGGGCGAGGGCUACACGUGCACCUGCCACGCGCGGUUCUCGGGGCCGCGCUGCGAGGUGGACCUGGACCCGUGCGCGUCGCAGCCGUGUCUGCACGGCGGCUCGUGCGCGGCGGCCGGCAGCGCCUUCCGCUGCUCGUGCGCGGCGGGGCUGGCGGGCGAGCGCUGCGAGCGCGGCCGCUGGUGCGCGCCCGGCGUGUGCGCGCACGGGGGGGCCUGCGAGGAGGGCGACUGGGGGCCGUCGUGCCGGUGCCGCGGCUACUACGGGCUGCGCUGCGAGUACGACGUGGACGAGUGCGACGGAGAGCCCUGCCUCAACGGCGCGACCUGCCUCAACGAGCCGGGCUCCUUCCGCUGCCUGUGCCCGCCCGACAAGACUGGCAUGAAUUGCGGAAACCCGCUGUACUCGGACGCGGUGGUGGCGGGAGGGGCGGGCGCGGGCGGCACUCGCGCGCUGGGGGACGCGUGGCGCUGGGCGUGCGACGCGCGCUGGCCGCUGGCGGCGGGGGGCGCGGCGCUGCUGGUGCUGCUGCUGCUGGCGGCGGGCGUGCCGCUGGCGCUGCGGCGGCGCGCGCGGGGUCGGCGCAGGCCCGCCGAGAGCGAGCCGCUGAACAGCCACAUCGCGGACAAGCUGCCCGGGCGCGCGGAGAAGCUGUCCAACCUGGAGGCGGUGCGGCGCGAGCGGCCCGCGUCGUGCGCCGAGCCGCCGCCGCUCAACAACGUGGACACGCUGCGCAGCUACGGGUCGGCGGGCGACGAGCUGGAGGGCAUCCCGCCGGACUACCGCCGCAACCUCAACAUCGACGCGGCCGACCGCAAGCCGUGGUCCGAGCAGAUGCACCUGCACACGUUCGUCGACAACAAGAUAUACAACGACUUGAAAGGGUCUCGGGUUCGGAGCCGUCCCCGCGCGAUGGAGCCGCACCUGGUGGGCGGCUACCACUGGGACUGCUCGGACUGGUGCGGCGGCGCGCUGCCCGGCAUCAGCGAGGUGGUCGCCGGCUCCGAGCGCCCCGACUCCUCCUCGCCGCCCUCGCUGCCCCCCUCGCUGCCUCCCUCGCUGCCCGCCUCGCCCCCCCACACCGACUCCGCGCCCGACGACCCGCUGGACGUGAGCGCGUACCUGGUGCACCCGGACGCGUACCUGCCGCGCGCCUCGUCCGACUCGGAGCCGCUCCGGGCGCGGUCCGUCCGCGAACCGGACGCCUCCAGCCUCAUCACGAUGCUGGAAGAACGCAACUCGUUGCUCGGCGGCGACGAUGCCGAUUCUGACAGCGGGCUCUCGGCGCACCUGUGCGAGAUCGAGGAGUCGGACGCCGAGCCCGAGCCGCCGUGCGCGGGGCGGGGGGCGGGGCGGGGGGCGGCGCGAGGGGGGCCGCGGCACACGGACGUGUGACGGCGGAGAGCGCCGCGCCCCGCCCGCGGCCUCUAGCACGCCCCCGCCACGAGCCCCCGGACCCGCCCCCCGACGCGGUACCUCUGCAGCCCGGGGAACUGAUCUCAACGUUUUACGGACUGAUUCAAAGGAUUUGAAUGGAAAACGUCGUCAACAGGCAGCGAAGUCGCAGAACCUCUUCCUUCUUCAUUGAAAAGAUAAAAAUAUCACAUGAACUCUUUUUCUAUUGAACGUAUUCCCGUUACAGUGACUAUGUAAUGUGCAAAAAUAGGACAAGUGCUGCGGACCGGCGGCACAGUGCGGCGACGUGCCCGCUGUGCCCCUCGACCCACGGACGGAUUGUAAAUAGAGAUAAUAUCUACAUUAAAUAUUAACGAAAUAUGUAUAUAAAGUUUGAAAAACUGUUGUAAAUACAAAUUGUAUCGUGCUCGUGAUGAGGAGUUGGUCUGCGGGCGGGGCGGGGGGAGGGGGGGUGCUCUGUACACUGCGAGUACAUGCAUAUGUAUGUACUCGCAGUCCCCCGGUACACAUCAAACAAUACUCAGUGUGUCAUCCAUCCAUGUUGUUGUUUGUUUGUUAUCCACCGAGUCGGCACACGGGACCACUGCGCGGCAACAAUAGGCCGGAUGCUGGACAAGUUAUCACAUUGAUUUGAUAUAAUAGAUAGAAAUCAUGUUACAUAACCAAUACGUGUGCUGCCAUGCCAUAUUGUAAGGUAAAUUAUUAUAUUAUGAAAAGCCAUUUCAUUUUGAAAUGUUCAGCUUAGAUAGAGCUUCGUAACAGAAUAGUAGAAUUACUUUCACGUAUAAUUUGCUAAGUUUUUUUUUAAUUAAAAUAAUUACAGAUAUAAAAGAAGACUCUUCAACAUGACCGCACUCUGAAAUCGGUAGCAAAACAAUUAUAGGUUUUAAUAAAUAUUGAGAUGAAUUAGUAUCACAGCGCGGUCUCUAUCUGCCAAAUUUCAAUAAUUGCGUGGUAUUAAGAGACCGUUCCAAUUUCAAUACCUUUUCAUUGACGAGUAAAACGAAUACACUUUAAUGGUGGUAGGACCUCUUAUGAGUCCGCGCGGGUAGGUACCACCACCCUGCCUAUUUCUGCCGUGAAGCAGUUAUGCGUUUCAGUUUGAAGUGUGGGGCAGCCGUUUUAACUAUACUUGAGACUUUAGAACUUAUAGGUGGGUGGCGCAUUUACGUUGUAGAUAUCUAUGGGCUCCAGUAACCACUUAACACCAGGUAGGUUGUGAACUUGGCCACCCAUCUAAGCAAUAAAAAUAAAAACAUGCUUCGUGAGCCCAGUCCACACAUAUCCAAUCCUCAUCGAAUGUUUCACUGCAAAUAUUGCAUUCCGUCUCCUGACUCUCCGUCGUUGCGAAUCUGGCUGAGAUGCAACCUUUUUAACUUUUACUCCCGUUUUCAUGUUUCUCUUGACCUUUACCGCAGCCUUGGUGUCUUUGGCCUUCUCCAUUAAUUCCUUUUUAUAGCGAAGACGUCAAUUUCAAUUUUUUGUUCUUUGUUGUUCUUCUUCUCUGAACUGUCAAUCGUUUUUUGAGGCAUUCGGAAGAGGUGACAAGUCCUUAAGUACAUCGUUAAUAUUCUCAACAUCAACACUUGCACUUGGUACUGCUUCUUGUAAGUUGGAAACGCUAGUCGUUGGUUGGUUGGUUUAUGGUUGGUAUUGCUUGCUGAAGCUCGAUGGUAGCUGACGAUACAGUUAAUGCACUAUUUGACGGUGCUGGUCCAAUUUCAGGUGCUGCAGAACUAGGAGUAGGGAUUAUUAAUUCACUAGAUCUAGCUUCAAUUGGUAUCUCAGUUAACGCAGAACCUCAAAAGUCAAGAUCUGAAAACACGUAUCGAUUACAGGGCUGGAUACCUGUGCAACGGAAACCACUUUGGGCUAUCUCUAAUCUAGCAGCUUUGAUAAACGCUAUAACAAUUGUCAUUCCAGCAACGUCAUAAUCUGUUAGUCGAGCACCCGGGUACUGACGCAUCCAUGAUGCACUUGUUGAUCCAUAAGCCUGUUUAAAAGGUUUGAAAAACACACGGUCUAAUGGCUGAAUCUUGUGUCGUACCUAUGGGGUGGUGUGCUCAGAAUGUAAAUGUGAUUGUCUUUAGCAUAUUUAAUAACAUCUACAAUAAGAUCUUUGUGGCUAUUUUGUCCAUCUAAUAUUAGUAGAAUAGGGCGAGCUUCUGUCAGGUGACCAUGUUUCUUAAAAUGUUGAAACCACUGCAAAAAUAUAUCCGCAUUCAUCCAUCUGCUUUCGGAGGCAAUACCAAGACUUUCAGGUGGUGCGCAAAUUAUAAGCCGGCCAUUCUCAUCCAUUUUCUUUCUAGGAAAAAUGAACGUAGGGGUACAAAGUGAUCACGCAUAAUCCGCAGAAGCACGCAUAGAAAUCAGGACAUGUACAUGUAUGUAAUGUUACGUCCUCUUUCAGCUGAAGCGAGUUUUCUCCAACCUGUUGUUUACCUUUCACUGACCAAACUUUAUCAUUUUUAUGGACAAUCGAGACUCCAGUCUCGUCAGCAUUGUAAAUUUGGGAAGCUUGAAAAUUAAAUUGCUCAUGAGGAGGUCAUAAAAUCGUUUAACUUGAGGUUUAUUGAAACUUGUAGAACGCACCAAGCUUGUUGCCUCAGGAGUUGUUAGUACCACAUCUGGAUUUCUUUUCUUAAACUCGAAAAAAAAAAGCUUUUCUUGCCACUCAUUUGUCUUUGUUAAACCUGUGCGGAAUUUGAAAUGUUUCUGCUAAAUCAAAGGCAAGGCGCAAAAACUCAUUUCCUGCAAAGGACGGUUAUCUAGAUUUAUAACAUGCUCUCAGAGUUGUCUUUCAAACUCAAGUUUGAAUGUUUGUUCUAAACGUCCUAAUUUUUGUUUAAGAGUGACCUUUACCCAUCGAAUUGUCCCGCUUUGAACGAAAUUUAUUAUUUAGAAAAAAAACUCCAAUAAAUUCCUAAAACGAAUGUUCAGUCGAGUUUAUUUGUUACUUAACGCGUUGUUCCCGGCACGUCCGCGGCGCGAUGAGGCACCACCGCCCUCCUGUCCAUUGUACUGCGCAGUCCGCCGCGCAGUUACCGCAUUCCAGUUUGAAGAUUAGACUAGAUACAAGUGCAAUUUAGACUUUAGUCGCACUUGUGUAUGUUUCAAAAUAGCGCGACAUCCUCCGUGUACUAUCUAUAGACUACGGUAGCCCCUCCAUAAUACUAAUAAGGUCAAAAACUAGACUACCCAACUUAGAAAAUUAUAAGUAACAUAAACCAUAAACUGAAUUUCUUACAUAUACCCAGACGCAACGCACAAAAUUACAUAUGUUAAGAUUACACCACUUAAUGAAAUAUUCCUGCGGAGCGCUUAAAAAUGAGAGACAAAGUAUUUAGUGUACGACAUGAUAUCCUCCGCCCUCUCAACACCUCCUCCACGCACGCACGCACGCACGCAGCAGUGCACGCGCCGUGUGUGACGUCACCGUUCAGAUAUAACAGGGUUUAUGUAUACGGCACGGCGGUGUACAGUUCUCGGCGUGUGUGGGCGUGUGCGCAUACACGUACAGUAAAAGCUCUUUAUUCACGGGGUAUAUGUUCCGUAAUUGUGUCGCGAAUACAGAAACCGUGAAUGUGGAAUGGUCAUUUACAUAUAUGGGAUUAUAGGAGAUACAUACAGUACGCAUACAGUAAUAAGGUUGAUUUCAUUCUGUUUAUUUACAUUCUCAAAAUCGCCGACCGCGACGAAGGCGGCUUGUGACCAAGGCGGAACCAAUGUAGUGGCGAUACUAUUUUAUUUAAUUUUUAAUCCGCGAUAAGUGAAAACGCGAGUGCGGGAAGCGCAAAUAAGGAGCUUUUACUGUACGAGUAUAACACAUUGUAAAUAUUAGUUGUAACCUAGCUCUAAGUUAUUUUAAACAAAUAACGUGCCUACUAUCUUUACUGUAUAAUAAUAAUGAUCUGUGUAGUGUGCGAGCGAAAGAUGAGACGUGUCGGUGAGUGAGUGCGAGCGAGAGAGCGCGAGUGCAUAUCCCGGCGCGUGCCGGAUCUAUUUUUGUACGUAAGGAGUCCCGGGACUCGCGCCGGGUCAUUCCUUGUUAUUGAGUGAUCAUUGUUGUAUAAGUUUUACCAGACUAAUAAACUAUAAACUUUA